ACCCCCUUUACCACCAACGUUCCGGCCAACGUUAACGUUUUGCGUAUCCUGCAGAAAUUUUUUAUAAAAACCCGGGCAUAUUUUUAUUUUAACGAGGAUAAUUUCGAUAACGAUGCAAAUAAAAUUACCUACGCAGCCUCGUUUUUAAAAGGCGACGCGUUCGCCUGGUUCGAACCAACCCUGCGAAAUUAUUUGGAUUAUAAUAAAGAAAAAAACCGUAAAAUUAAAAUUAACCGCAUUUUCGAUAAUUAUAACAAUUUCGAAAAAUACUUUAGGGGAAUAUUCGGCAAUCCAAACGAAAAACGUACGGUUAAACGUAAAUUAAUGGGUUUUACCCAAACCAAAUCGGUAUUUAAAUAUACCAGUAAAUUUCGACAAAUUACCGCCAAAUUAUUAUGGGGUAAAAAGGCCCUAAUAACACGUUUUUAUACGGGAUUUAAAAAAAAAAUUAAAAACAAAUUGGUUAAAAAAAAACGACCCGAUAUAUUAGCAAAAUAUAUGGAAUUAACGGACGCAAAUAUUAAUACCCCAAACCGCCUCGCCAAUAUAAUACCGCGAUUUGCCACGGAUUUCAGGGACAAAGCCGAAAAACCACGAGGAUUUAAUACCACCAACCAUAAUUAA